AUGUCGUACGCGGCGCGGGUUAAGGGGAACCUACCGACUAAGCGCCAGUAUAGUAAGGAAGACGCCGUAAAACAAGAUGACGUUGAUGUUGACGUCAGCGACGAUGAUGACCCAUUCAACCCACCUGCUAUGGAACUGGUUCAAGACAGCGACGAGAUCGAAGACGAAAUCGACGGGAAUGGUGACGACAACGCCGAUGAUGACGUCAGCGACGACAGCGAGUCUGACAAAGAGAUGGACGUCUGGGAGAAUACUAAGAACACCGAAGAAGUGGAUGUUGGUGAUAAUGAAACGUCAUCAGCUAUCCCGAGGUUGAAGAAUGUGGUGGUGGCUGACAUGCACGCUCCCGACGUGCGUUCACCGGUCCCAGUCGAAGAAAAGCGAGCGAAGUUGGACAAUGGCAGUACAGCCGAAGAGGCAGCGUCAUCUGUCCCGCCUAGUUCCCAUCCUACUGACUAUGAUGGCGUUGAUGCCGAUCAGUCGUCAGACUGUAUGACGCCGACUCCAUCUCAGGAGGGGGACACCAUGCUUCUGGAAUACAGGAAAAGAAAAUCGCUUGCUUCUCGUGCGAGGCAGCGAAUGAAAAGAGACAAAUGA